UAACACGAAAACACAACUGAAUGCCAUUCUGGAAGCCGGUAACUAAAGACACAAGAGAUCCUGACACAUGUUAAGCUGCAAUUUGGUUAAACUUUGAGAGUUUCGUGUGAUCUGUAACAAUGCAACCUGCCCAACAGCAACCCCCAGCUUACCAGCAUGGCACCCCCCAACAACAAACAACGACCGUACAACAGCAUCCAGUGGUGACAUUGCAACCUGCCACGAGUGCUGGGGUUCCAGGCGGGAACAAGCGAGGUAACUGGUGCUGGAGGGGCCUUCGAGUUACAGGUUACAUGCAGACCAUCUUGGGAGUAUUGGCAGUGGCGUUUGGCACAGCCGCUAUUCUUAUGAAAUCUUACUUGCACCUCUAUGGGAUUCCUGUUGGGAGUGGCAUCUGUUUCACCCUUGCUGGAAUCUUGGGCAUUGCAGCUGCUGGUAAAAGAUCCAUAGGAUUGGUGCUUGGGUACAUGGUGAUGUCCGUCUGUAGUGCUUUGGCAACCCUUGGUGUUGGGGGUAUUGCUGGAAUAGCUGCAUCAGUGGACAGAAGAUCCUGUCCAUCAUAUCCUUAUCCUGGAGCUCAAUUUUAUUCCCAUUCAUGCGUUACAUCUACAAGUGCACGAUUUGGAGUUGAUGUGUGCAUCGUGCUGAUCGCCAUUGCAGAGUUGGUGAUCUCUAUUGCUGGAGCCAGUUUAUCUUGUUGUGGUCUCAGCUAUACCAGCUAUAACCCCGAUACUCUUCCUCAGCCCAUGGUGACUUACCAAACCUACCCACAACAGAUGGUGGCUGGAGCUCCCCCACAGGGUGUGUACAUCAACUCUGGCGCUUCUGUGACCUACCCGAAUCAGAUUGCUGUGCAGCCUGCCCAGACCUACCAGCCCCAGGGACAGUUUCAACCUCCACCCCAGGGACAGUUUCAACCUCCACCCGAGGGGCAGAUGCAACCUCCGCCCCAACAGCAUCCAGAGGCACCUCUUGAUCCCAGCAAAGAUGAAAAUCACUACCAGCCUCUUACCAAGUAAGUCUUGAAGACAACUGCCUUGAGUUCUGUUGAUCCAGAUCAAUAUCUGUUUUUCGUGAUGGAGAUACUUUUCCAAACGGCUUUUUUAUAUUGUAUCAUUGUAUGCUGCAUUAGCAAACCAUGUAGACUGGAACCCAAUUUUAUUAAGCUGCUUAAAGCCAUUGGACCCUUUCGGUACAGAAAAAAAAUAAAAGUUCACAGAUUUACAAAUAACUUACAGG